CCUGUUCUGGGCGGGGAUCAGCCCCUGCCCCCCCAUUCCCUGCCUCUCCAGGAUGGGGUGUGGCCUGCACAGAGCUUCCCCGUGGUCUCUUCUGUGCCUGGAGAUAUGAGGGCCCCCGCUUGGACUGGGGCCCCCUAGCACAGAUCUCCCUCAGGUCAUGGCCUGCUCACAGAGGCUGCUGGGGGCCGUCUGCCUGGUCUUCCCCGGCUGGUGACAACUGAGGGGCUCCCCAGGACAGCAGCCUGGAUCCCCCACCUUGGCCGCUCUGUAAGCUCCAGGAGGUGGGGUGGCUGCACUCUGACAGCCUUGGGGGAAUCGAUGACCCGGUUACUCUGAACAGUCAGGGUGUCCUCGCUAGGCAGCAAGACGCAUGACGUGGGCGAGGAAGCUUGCUUUGGAGCCGCCCUGAGCCUGGACCACAGCUAUGCCAGAAAACACCACCCUGGUGGCGGCCCCGGACCUCGCCGGGGAGCUCUGCAACGUGUCCUUCGAUGACAGCAAGGUGACACUGCUGGUGGUGUACAGUGUGGUGUGUGCGCUGGGGCUGCCAGCCAAUUGCCUGACGGCCUGGCUGACGCUGCUGCAGGCCCUACAGGGCAACACACUGGCCAUCUACCUGUUCUUUCUGGCACUCUGUGAGCUGUUCUACAUCAGCACGCUACCGCUGUGGGUCAUCUACAUCCGGAACCAGCACCACUGGACCCUGGGCCCACGUGCCUGCAGAGUGACCGCCUACAUCUUCUUCUGCAACAUCUACGUCAGCAUUCUCCUGCUCUGCUGCAUCUCCUGCGACCGCUUCGCAGCAGUGGUGUACGCGCUGGAAAGCCGGGGCCGCCGCCACCAGAAGACCGCUGUGCUCAUCUCAGUGAGCAUCUUUGUCCUGGUCGGGCUCGUGUACUCCCCGGUGUUCCGCAUGGAGGUGGUGAAGGGAACCUGCUUUGAGCCCCUGCGGAUGAACACCAGCAUCGCUGGCUACCACUACGCACGCUUUGCCGUGGGCUUCGCGCUUCCUCUCGGCAUCAUUGCCUUCACCAACCACCGCAUGUUCCGUAGCAUCAAGCUGAGCGGGGGCCUGACCACUGCCCAGAAGGCCAAGGUGAAGCACUCAGCCAUCGCGGUCGUCCUCAUCUUCCUGGUCUGCUUUGCCCCGUAUCACGUGGUGCUUCUCAUCAAAGCCGCUGCCUUCUCCUACUACAGAGGGGACAGGGACGCCGUUUGUGCCUUCGAAGCCAGUGUGUACACGGCCUCCGUGGUAUUUCUGUGCCUGUCCACGGUCAACAGCGUGGCUGACCCCAUCAUCUAUGUGCUGGUCACAGACAACUCCCGGCAAGAGGUGGCCAGAAUCCACCAGGGCUGGAAAAAGUGGUCCACGAAGAUAGAGGACCCCAGGCUCACACAGUGGAAGGAGUCGGAAGAGAUGGGCUCGCCCACGGCACUCACCCACAACUACACAUUCCCCGCACCUGGCAACCCCCCAGGGCCACAGCCAGCUGAGUGGGGCUCCCUGUAUACCCUGGAAGUCCCGACCGAGGAGCUGUGACAGGCAGGGGGCCUCUUUAUCUGCCACACGUCCUGGCUGGCUUCCUUGGCUGCCCUCAGCAGCAGGCUGCCGGCAGAGCUUGGUUGAUGACUUCAUUUUCUGUGCUUUUUGGCAAGAGUUGCUGGGUGUUUGCUGCUAUGUGUCCUGGGGCUUCCACAGUUCUGUCUCAGAGGAAUAUGAGGGUCAAGGUCACUGUCCCAGUGCCUGGGCACCGCCAGGAGCUACAGGGGUGGGGUGGUGGCGGGGCUGGGGUACAGUGGUGGCUGCUCCCACCCCCUGCAGGGUGACUGCCCUCUUCUAUUAGUCCGAAGUGUUGAUCACCCCAGGAGGCUGUGACAGGCUGCUGGCCUCCCAGAGGCAGGGGAGUACAGGGCCACCCCAAUAUCUGCCUCAUUGCUGCAGGGAACUUGGGCUAGGUCUCCGGACAGAUGGUGAACCUAGGAGCAAGUGACUGCACUCAGCCCCCAGUCCUGACUGAGGGUAGGCAAGAGGGAGACCUUGUGGCUCAGUGUCAGAGCCUCUCCCAGCCCCGUGAGCCUCAUCAAGGCCAGGUCGCCUUGGUGCCUCCGUCCUCCCAUCUGGAAAAUGGGGCCAAGGACACCUACCUCACUGACUCUGCCACUCCUCUCCCGGGUGCUCCUCACAGCUGGUGGGAAGCCCAGCCAUGCCCAGAGUGCGGCCUGGGAAAGCCCAGUUGAGCCCUCAGGUCUGUCAGGCAGCUGUGGUCUGCCACUCUUCAUCAUUAUAGGUGUCAAAAAAAAAUACAUAUAUAUACUCACACACAUAUAUAUAGGGAAAGUAAAA